AUGUCUACUCUGCGGUUGAUGACGUCAAACUGCACAGGAGGAGGAACGGCCGGCUUCGAGCGUCUACUCUCAACGUGUUCCAGGACGCUUGAACACCUUCACAUCGAUGCAUACUUCGAAGUACAAUCGUACAUCGGCGAGCGACUGGUCGAUAACGUCUACUGUGAUAGUAUUCUUGCUGCUAGUCGGAUCCCUCCACUUCCAAGGCUACGCACCCUGUCGGUUGACCAAUUGUUGUAUUGCACUGAGUAUUUGGUCAGAGAUGGAGUUCGGGUUGAGGACCUGUUUUACACGCUGCCAGGAGGAUGGUUCCAGAAACUCAUCAAGCAACUCCGUCCUCCAAUGCACGAUGGUGCAAUGUCGUCCUUCGAAGAAAUGGUUAUUUAUCUCGAACUCGACUUCAGCGAAAGCGACGAGGUUCAUCCCAACUGGGCCAACACUUUCUUAUCUGUCUUCCACUCGCCUACUUUCGCUGGUGUCCGAUCCAGGGUCACCAUCUCGGACCUUACCCCGACUAGACAUGCGUCAACGACCAGGAUGCUGGAUGAUAUCCGACAGAGUACGUCCUUCAAGCAGCUAGUAGCAGAGGGGAACAUCGUCGCUCAAUCUAUGCAAUAA